UGCAUGGGGACGGCCGGGGAGACAGACACACAGACAAGGCCCUGUCUCCCCCAGGCCCUGCCAGGGACGCCCAUCGACCGCCAGCCCAAGGGGUGCGGGGGCUGCUGAUGCCCAGAGCCCGCCAUGGCCUGCCUCCAUGAUACCCGGACCCCCUCCCCGUCCUUCGCCAGCUUCAACACCAUCCUGACGGAGAGCUCCCUCCGUAAGCUGGACCCCGACGCCUCGGACUGCACCCCCGAGAAGGACCUGACGCCCACGCAGUGCGUGCUGCGGGAUGUGGUGCCCAUCGACGGGGGCGGCCACAGCCCCACACCCAGCGAGGAGACGCGCGACCAGUUUGCCAACAGCGUCCUGCAGCUGCACGAGCACGAGGCCGGCGGGGGAGCCGGGGCAGGGGCUGGGAACCCCGAGGUGCGGCACGCUCGUUACCACGCCGACCAGGUCCGGAUCCACUGCCAGACGGGCAGCGGCUUCCUGGAAGGGCUCUUUGGCUGCCUCAGGCCUGUCUGGACCAUGAUUGGCAAAGCCUACUCCACCGAGCACAAGCACCCGCAGGAAGACACGUGGGAGGUGCCGUUUGAGGAGAUCCUGGACCUGCAGUGGGUGGGCAGCGGGGCGCAGGGCGCUGUCUUCCUGGGGCGCUUUCAUGGUGAGGAGGUGGCGGUGAAGAAGGUGCGAGACCUCAAGGAGACGGACAUCAAACACCUGCGCAAGCUCAAACACCCCAACAUCAUCACCUUCAAGGGCGUCUGCACCCAGGCUCCUUGCUACUGCAUCAUCAUGGAGUUCUGCGCCCAGGGGCAGCUGUAUGAGGUGCUGCGAGCCGGGCGCAAGGUCACCCCCUCCCUGUUGGUCGACUGGUCCAUGGGCAUCGCAGGUGGCAUGAACUACCUGCACCUGCACAAAAUCAUCCACCGUGACCUCAAGUCACCAAACAUGCUGAUCACCUACGAUGACGUGGUAAAGAUCUCGGACUUCGGCACCUCCAAGGAGCUGAGUGAUAAGAGCACCAAGAUGUCCUUCGCUGGCACCGUGGCCUGGAUGGCCCCCGAGGUCAUUCGCAACGAGCCCGUCUCAGAAAAGGUCGACAUCUGGUCCUUCGGGGUGGUACUGUGGGAGCUGCUGACAGGCGAGAUCCCCUACAAGGACGUGGAUUCCUCGGCCAUCAUCUGGGGCGUGGGCAGCAACAGCCUGCACCUGCCUGUGCCCUCCGGCUGCCCCGACGGCUUCAAGGUCUUACUGCGCCAGUGCUGGAACAGCAAACCCCGCAACCGGCCGUCCUUCCGCCAGAUCCUGCUGCACCUGGACAUCGCCUCGGCAGAUGUGCUCUCCACGCCCCAGGAGACCUACUUCAAAUCCCAGGCCGAGUGGCGCGAGGAGGUGAAGCUGCACUUUGAGAAGAUAAAGUCGGAGGGGACGUGUCUGCAUCGGCUGGAGGAGGAGCUGAUCAACCGGCGCCGUGAUGAGCUCCGGCACGCGCUGGACAUCCGGGAGCACUACGAGCGCAAGCUGGAGCGGGCCAACAACCUCUACAUGGAGCUUAACUCUCUCAUGCUGCAGCUGGAGCUGAAGGAGAAGGAGCUGCUCAGGCGGGAGCAGGCGCUGGAGAAGAAGUACCCGGGGCUCUUCAAGCCCCAUGCAUCGCGCAGUCUCCUGCACGGCAACACGGUGGAGAAGCUCAUCAAGAAGAGGAACGUGCCCCAAAAGCUGUCGCCGCACAGCAAGCGGCCGGACAUCCUGAAGACAGAGGUGAUCCUGCCCAAACUGGACUCAGCCAUUGCCCAGGUGUCAAUACCCGCAUGCCAGAAGGGCCCCACCUCCCCGGGCCGGAGCCGCCGGGCCAAGCCGCGCUACCGCAAAGCCGGUGCCAAGGGCAGCUGUGGGGAGCUGGCAGGGCCUCGGGCCCCAGAGCCGGCGGAUGUGGGGCAGCAGCUGGAGAUCCCUGCCGCCCUGCUUGGGCUGCAGCACGACCUGCUGCGCCGGAUGUCCUCGUCCAGCCCUGACCUCAUCAACACCACUCUGGAGGCCGAGGCCAAGAAAGAGGGGGCCCGUGCCAGGCCCGAGUCGCCCCCAGCCGAGCAGCCCCGCAGCGAGACCCCCAGUGAGGACACGGCCUCUGUGCCCUUCUCCAGCAGCCCCGACUCACCCUCCUCCAAGCAGGGGGCCGUGGGGCCAGCGGACAAGAGCCACCGACUGUUGGCCCUAGCCCAGAGGCUGCAGCCAGGCGAGGAGCCCGACAAGGAGGCAGGCAUGGCGGGCAAGGUGGGCAAGGCCUGUGGGGUGCCGCAGCAGCAUCUGACACCUGCAGAGCUGCUGUACCGAGCGGCCGUGACCCGGAGCCAGAAACGAGGGGUCUCGUCCGAGGAGGAGGAGGGAGAAGUGGACAGCGAGGUGGAGCUGCCACUGAGGCAGAGGUGGCCCCAGGGGCUGAGCAAGCGCCAGUCGCUUUCCACCUUCAGCUCAGAGAACUUCUCGGAUGGGGACGGCGAGGAGGGGAACACGAGCGACGCGUCGCCCAGCGGCACGCCCGACGUGGCCAGCACCAACACAGGCGAGCGCUCGGACGACAUGCUCUCACAGAGCUCCGAGAUCCCGCUCGAUGCCCUGGCCCACUCCGACGGCCUGUCCGAGAAAGAGGCUGCUGUCCGGCAAGUCAAGAGCCAGCUCAGCGCUGAGCAGAAUGCCGCUGAGACCCCCUCCGUGUACGAGGACUCGGACUGUGACAGCACCGAACUGGACCACUCGGGCAGCGGAGACACGCACAGACUGCCGGCCGCCCCCAGCUCGUGAUGCCCUCCCCACCCCCACGAGGUUGUACAGACCCCCAGAUAUUUAUAUAAAUAAUCUAUAAAUCUCUAUAUAAAGCUAUAUAAUGUAUAAUCUACCCAGAGGCAGCGCUGGAGCCAGCCGGAGCGGCCCAUGCACUGAACUCACCUCGGUCCUGAUGGACAGACUGAGGGGGCCGGGUGCCUGGGGGUUAGCCUUGUACAGCUGGAGACCAAGAAAUGCCCCAGACUCCUGGCCAGAAGGGCCCUGUGGCACUGGCGCCAGCUCAGAGCAGGACCGGCCCAUGAUGGGCAGUGUCUGGGAACAGGCCCAGGAUGCACUGGGGCAGCGGCUGGGAUGCGGAGGAGCAUAAUCCCCUCUUCCAUCUGCAAAGCUGAACCCAAGAGAGGCGAGAUGUGGCGCUGUCCCGGCGCUUAGCCCGAGCGGACCCGUUGGCAGGCUGGGUCCAGCCGUGAGCUCGGCAGGAGCCGGAGAGGGCAGACAGGCAGGCAGCGUGGUGCCCUGGGGGCAGAGGUGUGCAGGUUGCUACCUCAUUGCAGAGAUCCUGUGGAAGCUCCUUCGAGACCAGUCAAAGCCCAGCAGAGCAACCAACCACCCCCAAAAUCUGUCCAGCGCAGCAACGCACCAGGCUGGGGCAGAACCU